AUGGAGCCAAAAUCGCCAGUCAUCAGAAGUGAACAUAUCUACAGAGCUUAUUGGUUGUAUUGGCGUCUUUUGGGUUUGGAGAGCCACCAUAUUCUAAAUCGGUUACUGGAUAUUGUGAUCACAGUUUUCGUUACCUUUUGGUAUCCAGUUCAUCUUAUUCUCGGAUUAUUUACGUUAAGAACCCUCGGAGAUGUCUGCAAAAGUCUACCAAUAACAGCUGCCUGCUUUUUCGCUAGCUUUAAAUUUAUUUGUUUCCGUAUUAAGUUAUCGGAGAUAAAAACAAUAGAGGUCCUUUUUAAGGAGCUAGAUCAACGAGCUGUUAGUCGCGAGGAGUUUGAGUACUUUGACAGAAAUACGCGCCGUGAGGCGAAUUUCAUUUGGAAAAGCUUCAUUGUGGCCUAUGGAUUGUCGAAUUUAUCGGCAAUGUCAACUGUUCUCUUCGGCGGUGGACAUGAUUUAUUAUAUCCUGCCUGGUUUCCCUACGAUGUUCAAGCCUCGGAACUAAGAUAUUGGUUAAGUGUGUUAUACCAAAUUGUGGGAGUAACUCUGGCCAUACUUCAGAAUCUGGCCAAUGAUUCCUAUCCACCGAUGACUUUUUGCGUGGUUGCUGGCCAUGUGAGAUUAUUGGCAAUGCGGCUGAGGAGAAUAGGUCAUGGUAAAAAGGAGGAUCAGUCCUUAAUCGCCAAGCAAUUAAUCGAAAGCAUUGAGGAUCAUAGGAAAUUAAUGAAAAUCGUGGAGCUGCUUCGAAGUACCAUGAAUAUUUCCCAACUCGGCCAAUUCAUCUCCAGUGGAGUGAACAUUUCCAUAACUUUAGUCAACAUAUUAUUCUUUGCGGAGAACAAUUUUGCCGUAACUUACUACGGAGUAUACUUCAUAUCCAUGGUGCUGGAGUUAUUUCCUUGCUGCUACUACGGCACCUUGAUUUCCAUCGAGAUGAGCCGCCUGACAUAUGCUGUAUACUCGAGCAACUGGAUCGGAAUGGAUCGGGGAUACUGCCGCACCCUGCUGAUCUUCAUGCAGCUCACUUUGAAGGAGGUGCAAAUUCAGGCAGGUGGAAUGAUUGGCAUCGGCAUGAACGCCUUCUUCGCCACCGUGCGAUUGGCCUACUCCUUCUUCACGUUGGCCAUGUCGCUGCGAUAA